UUCCUGGAUGACUUUAUGGAGUUCUGGAUACCCACCCAUCACCCCAGGGUCUACAGCAUCCACAGUCGACAUGUCACCCGCUACCCUGCCAAUUCCAUCGUGGUGGUCGGAGGCUGCCCGGUCUGCAGAGUCGGCGUUUUGGAGGACUCCUUCACCUUCCUGGGCAUCUUCUUGGCCAUCAUCUUGUUCCCCUUUGGGUUCAUCUGCUGUUUUGCCUUGAAGAAGCGAAGAUGCCCCAACUGUGGUGCAAACUUUACUUAAAGGGAACAAUACACCUGGCUUUCCUACGUCCAGCUAUCUUUUUCUAAUGUAAAUGUAAAUGUCGUGUACAAUAGCUUUAUUUGAUUACGCUUCAGGACUGUUUUGUAAAGUGAGGCAGGAUAGUCGGCCUGUGUGAGCCGAGGUUGCGGGGGCAAGGGUCACGGAGUGUGGACAGGCGCAGCACUGCUCCCGGGCUUAGUGACCACUCAGUAAAGCGCUGCUUUUAUUUUUUGCAGUCUGCAAUUUGAGAAAGGUGAGAAUUACUGUUUUAAAUAAAUGAGAUUCAUACCACUGUU